CUCAAACAGAGCAGAGCAAGACAACCAACGACCGCUGACCGAGACACAGCCAGCCAGCCAAACAAGCACUCGUCUCAGUGCAAACAAGCACACACAUACACAUACCCAUCCACACAGUCAGCAGCCAUGUCACAGAAGUACAACUUCAGUCUCACCACAUUCAGCCCUUCGGGAAAGCUGGUGCAGAUUGAGUAUGCACUGCAAGCUGUUUCGGGUGGUGCCACCUCCAUCGGCAUCAAGACCACUGAGGGCGCUGUGAUCGCAUCGGAAAAGAAGAUGGGUUCCAUCCUCGUCGACGAGCAGUCCAUCACAAAGGUUGACAAGCUGACAGAGCGUAUCGGCAUGGUGUACUCCGGCAUGGGCCCCGACAAGCGGGUGCUGCUGGCCAAGGGCCGCAAGCUUGCACAGCAGUACUUCAUGACCUAUCGGGAACAGAUUCCCACCCGCAUGCUCGUGCGCGAGCUCGCAAACGUCAUGCAGGAGUACACACAGCGCGGUGGCGUGCGCCCCUUUGGCGUGUCGCUGCUCGUCGUCGGCUUUGACCAGCACACAGAGAAGCCCGCCCUCUACCAAGUCGACCCAAGCGGGUCGUUCUUUGCGUGGAAGGCAACAGCGCUGGGGCGGAACAUGAUCAACGCAAAGGCGUUUUUGGAGAAGCGGUACAACGACGAGCUGGAGCUUGAGGACGCCGUCCACACAGCCAUCCUCACUCUCAAGGAGGGCUUUGAGGGCCAGAUGACAGAGAACAACAUUGAGAUUGGCAUUGCCGACAGCGCAGGCUUCCGACGUCUCGAGCCAACCGAAAUCAAGGAUUAUCUCGCAGCCAUUGCUGCCUAAACCCAGCGAACAACAACAACAACAACAACAACAACAACAACAACAACAACAACAACUUCUCAUCAACUCGACCAUUGCCCCUCGUCCCGUUAUGUGUGUGUGUGUGUGUUUGCUUGAAGUGUUGGUCGCGCCGGUGUUAUUGCACGCGCUGACAGUACACGAUGAACAAUGACCUUGACAGAGAAGAAUUUGAGUGUGGAUCAUACAAUCUGAACCGCGGUGGCGUGCUGUGUAGAACCAAGACAACAAAGAAA